GAUCGUACACACAUUUUCCCUACUUUUUCUUGUCUUUUAACCCUGCCUUCUGCUCUGUCAAAUUUCAGACUGCUCUGCUCUCACAUGACUAACUUGUUGGUCGCUGCAACCACGCACACAAUACAUUGCAAAAUAAAGGCAAUGCCAUUCUUCUUCUUUUUCCCAUCUCUCUCUCUGUUGCACUCCAUUUUCAGCACUUCCCAUUUACCUUUAAGAAAUAACUUUUCUUUUUCUUGUUAUCUGCUCUAAAAAAAUCCAUAUCUUCAAGAAAGAUUCAAACUUUGUGCGUUUUUCUAUUCUGGCUCUCCCAACAAUGGAAGCUUUUAGCUUGCUUAAGUAUUGGAGAGGGGGCGGAGGUGGUAACAAUGCUUGUGUGUCUGCACGUUCUGUCGCUGGAACUGCCGGAGGGGGCAGUACAACUACGAUCGUGACUACCCAUCAGGUGGUGGAUACGGAUGAUGAAGAAGAUGAUGAUGGACCUUUCUUUGACCUGGAGUUUGCUGUUCCUGAUGAGGAUGAAACAGAGGAAAUCGAAGAUAUCGAGAAAGUAGGUGGUGAUGUUGAAGACGAAGAAAGUGAGGAUCAAAAUGACGGCGUUGAUGCAAAAUCUGAGGAUGGUUGCUCCGAUGGUGAUCGAGAGUUCAAUUUCACGCUCUCCUCUGGCUCAAGCGGUGACCCUUCUGAUCCGAACCUGAUUUUAUCUCCUUCCGAUGAUCUGUUUUUUAAAGGAAGGCUAGUACCCAUUGAGUCAAACUCUUCUUUGGAAUCGAAACCUCCUCAAUUUCCAGUCUCAUUGUUGAAAUCAGCCACCAAGUUUCGAGUUUUCUUGUUAAGAUUCAAGAAAUCAAAGCUCAACUCAACUGAAAAGAAUGAGUCGGCUUCUGCUAAUGAGCCUGGUUCAGUCCCCACCACGAGUUCACCAAAAAAGCAAGAAGCAACUCAAGAAGAAGACAAUAAUAACAAGAACAAGCUUUUUACAGUGAAAUUUAAGGUUGAGGAGGUCCCUAUAAUGUCUCUGUUUUCCAGAGACAACUGCAAGUCGCAGAAACAACAGAGCUCCGACGAGACUGUUUCUGACGAAAAGAAAUUCUCCAAAGAUGUAAUGCAAAAAUACUUGAAGAAAGUUAAGCCGCUUUAUGUUCGGGUUUCAAGAAGGUACGGUGAGAAGCUUAAGUUUUCAGGGCAGUUGAGAUUAGGUUCUUUGAAACCCGCUACGCCACCGUCUACGGCUGCUCAGAAACCGGUAACGACGGCGGAAAAAGGACAGACGGAGGUGGAGGUUGGGAAGAACACCAAGCAGGUGAACAUUCCUGCAGGUCUUAGAGUGGUUUGCAAGCAUUUGGGAAAGAGCCGAUCAGCCUCCGCCGUGGCGGCUAUUCCCCCAGCACCUGCUGUGUCUAAGAGGAGAGACGAUUCUCUAUUGCAACAAGAAGAUGGAAUCCAAGGCGCCAUCCUACAUUGCAAGAGAUCUUUUAACGGCUGUCAAGAUUCUUCAGAGUCUUCCAUUCUGCCAAGGUCUGUAAGUGACCCAUCCCAUGAGAAAUCAAGUAAUUUGUCAAGAAACACAUCACUAGAUGAAGCUAAAGCAUGAAAAACAAAACGUCCACCGUUAAUGAAUCAAUGAUGCAUUGAUUAUCUCUGUAAAUAAUUUUGUUUACUUGUUCACUAGGUCUACUACCCCUACUGUAUGUAAAAGGCUCCUCUUUCUGUAAAGUGAAAGAAGAAUCAGAUCUUUGUAUUGUUA